AUGAUAGAAAGUGAUUCAAGUAAAGAAAAUAUUGAGGAAAGUAGUAAAAGUGAAAACUUAUGGAACAAAGAUAAUUUAGCUUCAAUUUGUCAUAGGGAUCCUUCAUUUUCUGGUUGGUUUGAUGAGAAUGGUACCCUUCAUACAUCUCAAUUAGUCAAUAGACAUAACAAUCUUAAUGGAGAUGAUUUCGAUUUCGAAUUGUCAAAGGGGAAAGAAAUAAAUGUAUCUAUUGGUACUGAGACAAAUCAACAUAAUAGUAGUAGUAGUAGUAAAAACUUUAAGCAUAGGAUGAGGGGUGGUGGUGGUGAUUUUGGUAGUGUAGAAGAUAGGUAUGUUCCGUUUGACGUGGAGAAUGGUUCAUCGAGUCAUCGAGGAUCUAUCGAUGAUGAUAUUGAGUGUGGUGAUAACGAUGAUGAUGAUGAUAAUCACUCUGCUUUCUCGGACUAUCAUGACUCACCACGUCCAGUUUCAAAGAAUGGUGUUGCUGAAAUUAAUGUGUUGAAGACAUUUUUCUUCAUAUUUGUAUGGUACAGUGUUAGCUUGUUCUUAACAUUGUACAAUAAAAGUCUUCUCGGGGACAAUCUAGGGAAGUUCCCUGCGCCUUUACUGAUGAACACUGUGCACUUUGCGAUGCAAGCUGUUUUGUCCAAGGUCAUUACUGGGUUCUGGUCUCAAAGAUUUCAACCUACAGUAAUGAUGUCUUGGAGAGACUAUUCUUUGAAAGUUGUACCAACAGCUCUCACAACGGCAAUGGAUGUGAACCUCAGCAAUGCAUCCCUUGUUUUCAUCUCUGUCACAUUUGCCACUAUGUGUAAAUCUGCAUCUCCCAUCUUUCUCCUAUUCUUCGCAUUUGCUUUCAGGUUGGAGUCUCCAAGUGUAAAGUUACUGGGGAUCAUCUUGGUAAUUUCUGUUGGGAUACUAUUAACAGUUGCAAAGGAGACAGAAUUUGAGUUUUGGGGAUUUGUCUUUGUCAUGCUUGCUGCGAUUAUGUCUGGAUUUCGCUGGACUAUGACUCAGAUUCUUCUGCAGAAAGAAGCCUAUGGUUUAAAAAAUCCACUCACCCUAAUGAGCUAUGUGACUCCAGUAAUGACUCUUUCAACUGCUGUGCUGUCCCUUAUUUUUGAUCCGUGGCACGAAUUAAGACACACCAAUUAUUUUGAUACCUCAUGGCAUAUAGCUAUAAGUUGUUUGUUGAUGCUUUUUGGUGGAACUUUGGCUUUCUUUAUGGUGUUGACGGAAUAUAUUCUUGUGUCUAUCACAAGUGCAGUAACAGUGACAAUAGCGGGAGUUGUAAAGGAGGCGGUCACUAUCUUGGUUGCCGUAUUUUAUUUUCAUGACGACUUUACCUGGAUGAAAGGGCUCGGUCUCAUGACGAUAAUGUUUGGUGUCAGUUUGUUUAACUGGUAUAAGUACGACAAGAUACAGAAAGGUAGCGCAAGUGAAGAUGAAAUUGGAUCACCAUUAGGAAAUGCAGCUGCCAAGUAUGUUAUACUUAAAGAAAUGGAAGAUCAAGAUAACCAUGGUCCUUGAAGGUUCCAUAUGAUAUUAUCUGCAUUUACGAACGUAAGUGAGCUUUUAACUACGUACUGCUCUGAAGGCCUUUUGUAUCAAAUGCGUAGAUUUUCUGGCAAAUGAAUGUCAUCGUAUACAUGAGGAGUAUCUGUUGCUCUUGGAGAUGAGGAAAUCGAGUUUUUUUCCACCUAGUAGACUAAAGACAUGUUUCCUUUUUUACUCUGUCCAAAAAAUAAUGAUAUACAUUUCUAUAUUUACAAGAAAUUUUAACUUUAAACUUUUCGUUU